CCAGUGGUUUAUUGGUAGAAUUUACCGUUGCCAAGAAUGUGGACUACAAAUUCACAGCCUGGAAACUCGGUGAGAAGGGGGUUCGAUUCCCUCCUGGCGCACAUUGCUUUUUGUUGUUUGUUCUUUUUUGCAACCGAAGUUGGCAUCUCUGGUAACUUGAAGAGCGGAGGUCACAGGGUAGAUGUAGACUUUGCAGCAUCGAUGCUACCUGCCGUAGAAGAAAACAGCUACAGCCUCCGCCGGCCACCUUCAGCGAACGUACGACGGACUACAGGGCGCUACCACCAGUCUCAGACCAGGCACGCUCCUCCCUACCGGCUCUGCUGAGCAGGAGCGUCUCUAGCGACUGAGCGGCAUGACUUAUCAGGCACAAAGUGUCCACGGACGGAGUCCCGGCGGAAAGGUCCCAGGCCCAGACCCUACUUCCAGAA